AUGAUCGUUAAAAGUCUGGGAAUCGUCUCAAAAAUCGAGCUUGCUUUCUUUAUAAUGUUUAUCGCUCUUCUUGUCUGGUCUUUCACGACGUACUUACAUGUCAGUUUUGCCAAAAUUACCCCUCAAUCGGCUGCAAAAAAAGGAGAAAAAGUUUGGGAAUCGCAAUUGGAUUCAGUGGCCCUAAGGUUGGGACUAAUUGGUAAUAUAUGUCUAGCAUUCUUGUUUUUCCCUGUGACUCGAGGCUCAUCUAUCCUGCCAUUGUUUUGGUCUCACUUCCGAAGCGAGUGUCAAGUAUCACAUAUGGCUCGGGCAUAUCAUGAUGACCCUCUUCUCUUCUCAUGGCGUUUGUUACAUCAUUUAUUGGAUUGUAACCAACCAAACAUCAGAGAUGUUGAAAUGGGCAAAAACCGAUAUAUCAAAUGUAGCGGGAGAGUUGUCUCUGUUAUCAGGAUUGAUCAUGUGGGCAACAACUUUUCCACAGAUUAG